AUGUCAUACCCUAAAGACAUUUCGCAAUGGUGCUUCUAUUUCCACCAUUGCUGCUGUGUGCUGAUGGCAUUGUAUCCGUUCAAGUACGAACGCACCAAAAACUGUUUCCACCUGAGCAUUCCACUGCUUAUUGCUUCAAUCAUCACUAAAAUGAUAAAAUUGUUAUUGAACCUGUUCGCGAUGGGAUUUUUCUCGAACAGCAAAAAUACAUUGCAAUUCCAGCUACUGCCAACUUCCUUCAGUUUUAUCGUCGACCUUAUAUCCUGGAUUCGAGUCCUAAUGCUGUUGAUCACUCAUCUGAUCGGAUUGAAGGAGUACGCAUCACUACUGAAUUAUAAUGUUUCCCUGACGAGACGCCUGCUGAAGCAUUUCCCAGAUGUUAAGUUGAAGGAGAGCCUGAUCUACCAGAAAUUGUUUCCCCUAAGAGUGUGCAUGGUGAUUAAUACCUUCUUUUACAUAAUCAAAUCCCCGAUUAGUGAAAAGUUUGAAAAAAUCAAUAUGAUUUGCAAUGUUUCUACAUAUUUGAGUGGAUUUUUUCUAACGGAUCAGUUUAUUUGUCAGCUUGAAACUAUUGAGAGGUGUAUCGAAAUUUUGAAUGAUCGCAUAAAAAUUGUGCACUACAAGCUAUGCUUCAUGCAUGCUGGAUACAAUGAAGUGGAUUAUUGUGAGGAUAUCAAUCAAAUCGCGAUUGCUCACUCAAAAAUUUACGGACACUUCCAGUCCAUCCUAGGAUUUUAUUCGAUACAUAUGUUCCUAUGGCUUCUAAUCGUCUGCGGAUGUAUCUUGUUGAUGAUAUUCCAACAGUUUUGUUACUUGUAUUACCACCUCGGAAAAAAUCAGUUUUUGGCGAAACUUAAUUCUAUUGUGCUGCUUAUGUUUUUAUGCAUGGAAACAUUGCUUGUCGUCUACAAAUCCAUCGCAAUUCCUUUGAAGCAAAAGAUUCUUCAGAACAUUGUGCAAAAAUUGGCAUUUCACAAAUUUAGGGAUGAUCGUCUGCGACGAAUAGUGGGUCAUCAAAUCAAAAUGGUUUGUAGCAAAAAUCAUUAUUUUCUUACUGUCGAAGGUCCUGCUGCUGUUAAUCCAGAUAAAGCAUGA